GGCCCCGAGUGCUGAACCCCUUGUUCCUUCGGCUGCGGCGGGAUCCGGCAGCUGCGCAGCCUCUGCUGCUCCCGGCUGUGCGGGCCCCGCGGAGCAUGUGGGAGGAGACCGACAUGGAGAAAGCCAUCAAGGAAACCUCCAUUUUAGAGGAAUACAAUAUCAAUUGGACUCAGAAGCUGGGAGCUGGAAUUAGUGGUCCAGUUAGAGUCUGUGUGAAGAAAUCUACCCAAGAACGGUUUGCACUGAAAAUUCUUUUUGAUCGUCCAAAAGCUAGAAAUGAGGUACGUCUGCACAUGAUGUGUGCCACACACCCAAACAUAGUUCAAAUCAUUGAAGUGUUUGCUAACAGUGUACAGUUUCCUCAUGAGUCCAGCCCCAGGGCUCGACUCUUAAUUGUAAUGGAGAUGAUGGAAGGGGGAGAGCUAUUUCACAGAAUCAGCCAGCACCGGCACUUUACAGAGAAGCAAGCCAGCCAAGUAACAAAGCAGAUAGCUUUGGCUCUACAGCACUGUCACUUGUUAAACAUCGCACACAGAGACCUCAAGCCUGAAAAUCUGCUCUUCAAGGAUAACUCUUUGGAUGCCCCAGUGAAGUUGUGUGACUUUGGAUUUGCCAAAAUUGAUCAAGGUGACUUGAUGACACCUCAGUUCACCCCAUAUUAUGUAGCACCUCAGGUACUGGAGGCACAGAGAAGGCAUCAGAAGGAGAAAUCUGGCAUCAUACCUACCUCGCCAACACCCUACACUUAUAACAAGAGCUGUGACUUGUGGUCCCUAGGGGUGAUUAUCUACGUGAUGUUGUGCGGAUACCCUCCUUUUUACUCCAGACACCACAGCCGGACUAUCCCAAAGGAUAUGCGGAGAAAGAUCAUGACAGGCAGUUUUGAGUUCCCAGAGGAAGAGUGGAGCCAGAUCUCAGAGAUGGCCAAAGAUGUUGUGAGGAAGCUCUUGAAGGUCAAACCAGAGGAAAGACUUACCAUCGAGGGAGUGUUGGAUCACCCCUGGCUCAACUCAACUGAGGCCCUGGAUAAUGUGCUACCCUCUGCUCAACUGAUGAUGGAUAAGGCGGUGGUUGCAGGCAUCCAACAGGCCCAUGCGGAACAGUUGGCCAACAUGCGAAUCCAGGACCUGAAAGUCAGCCUCAAACCCCUGCACUCUGUGAACAACCCCAUUCUAAGGAAGAGGAAAUUACUCGGCACCAAGCCAAAGGAUGGUGUUUAUAUCCACGACCGUGAGAAUGGAGCCGAGGAUUCGAAUGUUGCCUUGGAAAAGCUCCGAGAUGUGAUUGCUCAGUGUAUUCUCCCCCAGGCUGGAGAGAAUGAAGAUGAAAAGCUGAAUGAAGUAGUUCAGGAAGCUUGGAAGUAUAACCGGGAAUGCAAACUCCUAAGAGAUACUCUGCAAAGCUUCAGCUGGAAUGGUCGUGGAUUCACAGAUAAAGUAGAUCGACUAAAACUGGCAGAAAUUGUGAAGCAAGUGAUAGAAGAGCAAACCACAUCCCACGAAUCCCAAUAAUGACAGCUUCAGACUCUGUUUUUUAACAAGUUGAAAAUUUAUUCAUUAAUGUAUAAAGUAAUUUGUAUGUAAAUUAAUAAAUCAUAAUUUCAUUUCCACAUUGCUUAAAGAUGCUGUAUAAAUUUAGAUACAGGA